AUGGUCAGAAAUCCUCAUGCUCAGAUUCAGCAACAGUUACCACACCCAUUCAGAAAUGUUCCAUUUUAUCUUGGCGCAUUUCGUUCUGUGCCUGUAAAAUACGUUGCUAUCACAACAACCAUUUUCAUCGUGGACGUUUCUGGACAUGUUUUGGAAGAUAUAGCUACAAAGUAUAAGACCUGUAUUCACAUCACUAGUGCAAACGAAGCAACAAGACGCGAAUUUAUUUCAUCCAUUCUUCAUGGCGUUGCUUCUUGCUAUGGUGGUGAAGUGAAGCCAUGGAAAAGGGCCAGUGGAUUGGGUUAUCAAGAUUGGAGAUACUUGGAGAUACGAUUAUCGUUGUUACCCAGGCUAAAAGAGAGAAUAUUAAGUAUUAACCAAGGUGUUGGUCAGAAUGCAAUUCAGUUACAAGCUUCGUCUCAGCGUGAUAAAAAGAAAAUGUAUGGUAUUGUUUCGACAGGGGUCGAUUGGGUCAUAAUUAAGUUAGUCACUACUGGUGAAUGCAAUGAUAAUGAUAAUGGGAAUGUCGACGUAUUAUUGAGUUCUCGAACACCAUUUACUUUUCCCAUUAACGAAUAA